CUGAUGCCGCCUCUCCGCGCGCAAGCGAUCCAGGACAGCCGGUGCUACCUGAUGAAUGGCGGCGCGGUGGAGAGCUUCUUCAUCAGCGAGGACACGCCGGUGGGCAGCGUCAUCGGAACCCUAAGCGUGAAUGGCGACCCCAGCGAGGCGGGCGACAUAUCGCUGCGGCUGCAGGAGCAGGGCGCGGCGGUGGGCGUGGCGGCGGGCUCCAAGAACCUCACGCUGCUGCGGCCGCUCGACCGCGAGGAGCUGCGCGGGCCCUCCAACGUGUACGUCAACGUGCGCUGCGACCGCCGCCGGACCACCGACCCCAGCUUCGUGAUCCCGGUGUCGGUGCGCGUGUGGGACGUGAACGACAACGCGCCGGCGUGGGCGGGCGCGCCCUUCCGCGCGCGCCUGUCUGAGCUGACGGCCGUAGGCGCGCGCGUGCUCCGCGUCAAGGCUACGGAUGCCGACCAGCCCGGCCCGCACGCCACCAUCGUGUAUUCCGUGCUGCCGGGGCCGAAUUCCGAAUACUUGGGUUUCCUUAAUGAACUUGACGGCGUGAUAGUUGUUAAAAAGCCUCUUGACUUUGAAACUCUUCGGAACUUCACGGUGACCAUUCGAGCUCAAGACCAGGGGACCCCGCCCCUUCAUAAUGAUACCACGCUUACAGUGGAAGUGCUAGACGCCGAUGACCAGAACCCCAAGUUCACAAGCGAGCACUACACCGCCAUAAUACCUGACGACGCUCAACCGGGCACCAUUCUAGAAACUUCCCCCGGGCCGAUCUCAGCAGUAGACCAAGACGUGGGCAUUAACGCACCUCUCCAAUAUUCCACGACGGGCGACUACAAGCACAUGAUAGUCGUGGAGCGAGACACAGGACGAAUCGUGGUCACUGAAGAUUUGCUAAAGCAGCUGUCUCCAGUUACUGUUGUUGUGAAGGCAACCCAAGUAGACAACGCAGACCGCUACGCCCUGGCAACACUUGCCAUCAGCCGCCUUCCAACCGAGGCCAGCGUGCUGCCGGUCCGGUUCGCGCGGCGCCAGUACGACGCCGCCGUGCCGGAGGACGCGCCGCCGGGGACUGUACUGGCUACAUUGCACACUGACCCACAACACCAUAGGCAUCAGAGCCCGCUGCAGUUCUACGUGUCGGAGCGCGGCUUCCUGGAGAAGUUCGCGAUCAACGGCGCGGGCGAGGUGCUGCUGCGCCGCGCGCUGGACUACGAGGCCGCCGACGCCUACCACUACCAGGUCAUGGUCACCGACGGGCUCUCGAACGACACAGCGGCGAUCAACAUCACGGUCCUGAACGUGAACGAGUGGGAGCCACGCUUCCGUUACCCACAGUACGAGUUUCGCGUGGAGGCCGACCCUGACGACACAACGGGAGACGCGCUGCUGCCCGUCGGCCGCCUCGACGUGUUCGACGGCGACAAGCCCGACACCGUCUCGCUGUCGCUCCGGGGGCCCGACGCCAGCAUGCUGCGGGUGAACGAGCUGGGCGAGGUGUUCGUGGCGCGCGCGGCGCUGCGAGCGCUGAACGCGUCCGCGCUGCACGUCGUGGCCACCGCCGUCGACUCCGGCUCGCCGCCGCGCCAGACGUCGGUGCCGGUGGUGGUGCACGUGGGCGGGCGCGCGGUGGCGGGCGCGCGCGGCGGCUCGCUGCUGGCGCUGUUCGCCGCCGCGCUGGCGCUGCUCGCGCUGGCCGGCGCUGGUCACGUGGGCGGGCGCGCGGUGGCGGGCGCGCGCGGCGGCUCGCUGCUGGCGCUGUUCGCCGCCGCGCUGGCGCUGCUCGCGCUGCUCGUCUGCGCCCUGCUGGCCUACAUCUACCGCACGGCCGGCGCUGGUCACGUGGGCGGGCGCGCGGUGGCGGGCGCGCGCGGCGGCUCGCUGCUGGCGCUGUUCGCCGCCGCGCUGGCGCUGCUCGCGCUGCUCGUCUGCGCCCUGCUGGCCUACAUCUACCGCACGGCCGGCGCUGGUCACGUGGGCGGGCGCGCGGUGGCGGGCGCGCGCGGCGGCUCGCUGCUGGCGCUGUUCGCCGCCGCGCUGGCGCUGCUCGCGCUGCUCGUCUGCGCCCUGCUGGCCUACAUCUACCGCACGGCCGGCGCUGGUCACGUGGGCGGGCGCGCGGUGGCGGGCGCGCGCGGCGGCUCGCUGCUGGCGCUGUUCGCCGCCGCGCUGGCGCUGCUCGCGCUGCUCGUCUGCGCCCUGCUGGCCUACAUCUACCGCACGGCCGGCGCUGGUCACGUGGGCGGGCGCGCGGUGGCGGGCGCGCGCGGCGGCUCGCUGCUGGCGCUGUUCGCCGCCGCGCUGGCGCUGCUCGCGCUGCUCGUCUGCGCCCUGCUGGCCUACAUCUACCGCACGGCCGGCGCUGGUCACGUGGGCGGGCGCGCGGUGGCGGGCGCGCGCGGCGGCUCGCUGCUGGCGCUGUUCGCCGCCGCGCUGGCGCUGCUCGCGCUGCUCGUCUGCGCCCUGCUGGCCUACAUCUACCGCACGGCCGGCGCUGGUCACGUGGGCGGGCGCGCGGUGGCGGGCGCGCGCGGCGGCUCGCUGCUGGCGCUGUUCGCCGCCGCGCUGGCGCUGCUCGCGCUGCUCGUCUGCGCCCUGCUGGCCUACAUCUACCGCACGUGA